AUGCAAUCCUCACCAACUCCCUCACGCUCCUCAUCCAGCAUCUCCUCCCAUGAUACACGCGAAAAACAACCAUCUCCAACACCUCCACUCGACCCAACCAAAGAAGCCGACGCAGACUCAGCCCCAAACUACCUCAACUGGGCCUCCCCCUCUGACCCCUCCAACCCCUUCAACUUCCGUCGGGGCAAAAAAUGGCGCACAACCCUCCUCGCAUGCAGCAUGACCUUCCUCGUCCAAGUCUCGGGCACAAUGCUCACAUCCGCCGCACCGCAAAUAAACACCAGCUUCGCCAUCAGCGACGAAGCAUUUCCGCACUCGUACUGGCCGGUGCUAAGCUGGAACCUCGGCGGCGCAGCAGCGCCUCUGAUAGGUCUCCCUCUGAUGGAGAAUUUCGGCGUGAGAUGGAGUUACAUGAUCAUCUAUGCUGUUAUGAUCGUCUUUAUCGUUCCGCAAGCGCUGGCGCGUAAUUUUGCUACGUUGAUCCUUACGAGGAUUAUCACGGGGUCGUGUGCGGGCGUGCUGGCGAAUAUCACGUCGGGGAUUGUAAGCGAUGUUUGGAGACCGGGGCGAGUGCAUAGUUUCUGUACGUCGUUGUAUAUAUUUGCGUUGCUGGCGGGGUUGAAUAUGGGGCCUGUGUUUGGAAGUUUGGUGGUGAGGUAUACGACUUGGCGAUGGAUCUUCCUGGGCCAAAUCAUCCUUUACGCCUCCUUAAUACCAGUGUUGUUCUUGCUACUUCCAGAAGUCCGACCGGAUGUUAUUCUCACGCGGCGCGCCCGUCAUAUACGCGCGAGCACGGGAAAGCAAGUCUACACUGUAGCCGAAAAGCAACAGACGAGUUUCCGCGACAUUCUCAAAGAGACGCUCGUUCGACCCUCACGUAUGCUCUGUACGGAAGGCGUAGUGCUGUCGUUCGGCCUUUGGAGCGCAUUCUGCAUAGGAACCGCCUUCAUGUUCACGCAGUCUAUCGUCCAAGUCUUCUCUGAACUCUAUGGCUGGACCUUCUUUGGAACAGGCCUAGUCCAGAGUGCGGUCGUCAUUGGCGAACUCAUAGGGCUUUUCGCAUCGCUGGUGCAAGACCGAAUCUAUUUCGCAUCUGGCAGACAAAAUACAGAAAACCCGGGCAAACCGAUACCGGAAGCUCGCCUCUACCUGAGUAUUCCCGCGUCCUUCAUUGGCUUAAGCGGAGGUCUCUUCUAUUUUGCCUGGACAUCUUAUUCCUCCAUACCGUGGAUUGUCCCUGGCAUAUCACUUGCUUUUGUGGGCUUCGGCAUGUUUUGCAGUACAGCCGCAGUGACGUCGUAUGUCGUCGAUGCCUAUGCAAAGUAUGCAGCCAGUGCAAUUGCCGGCAUUGCUUUUCUCGAGAACACGAUGGCAGCGUUCUUGCCACUGGCAACGCAGGAUUUGUAUCGUGCACUCGGUUUCCAGUGGGCUAGCAGUUUAUUGGGCUUUGUGGCCCUGGCGUUGAGUUGCAUUCCGUUGGUUUUGCUAAGAUAUGGGAGGAGUAUACGUGCGAGGAGCCCGUUCAUGAACCAGGCGGGUUAUGAGAAUUAG